AGGGUCCUCAAGUCCACGGGGUGUCGCUAUUUAGGUCGGAACGAAUGUCUGAAAUGAAGCGGGCCACAAUUGAACGACGCACCUCCGAUAUUUCCGGCCAGCUCAGCGCGUCAGUGUUGUCAAAUCAAGAGCGGAGCAGGGAUAGCACAGCGGAGCCUGUCAGUUCAGCUGGACCCCUCAUUGUUAUCAAAUACUGCUAACUCGUUAGAGUAUUCUGCACAAAAUGGUUCUGCUGACAAUGAUUGCUCGGUUGGCGGACGGGCUGCCGCUCGCCGCGUCAAUGCAAGAAGACGAACAGGGAAGUGAAAAGCUGGGUCGGGACCUGCAGCAGUACCAGAGCCAGGCCAAACAGCUAUUCCGGAAACUGAACGAGCAAAGUCCCACUCGUUGCACAUUGGAGGCCGGAUCAAUGGCCUUCCACUAUGUGAUAGAGAAAGGUGUGUGCUACCUGGUUCUGUGUGAGGCGGGCUUCCCCAAGAAGCUGGCCUUCGCCUACCUGGAGGACCUGCAGGCCGAAUUCCACGAGCAGCACGGGAAGAAGGUCCCCACGGUGUCCCGACCGUACUCCUUCAUCGAGUUCGACACGUACAUCCAGAAGACCAAGAAGUCGUACAUCGACAGCAGGGCGCGCAGGAACCUGGGCAGCAUCAACACGGAGCUGCAGGACGUGCAGCGGAUCAUGGUGGCCAACAUCGAGGAGGUCCUGCAGCGAGGGGAGGCCCUUUCAGCUCUGGACUCCAAGGCCAGCAACCUGUCCAGCCUGUCCAAGAAGUACCGCAGCGAUGCCAAGUACCUGAACACUCGCUCCACUUACGCCAAGCUGGCAGCAGGGGGCGUCUUCUUCAUCAUGCUCAUCGUGUACGUGCGCUUCUGGUGGCUCUGAGAGGAGGGGGGGGGGUCCCGGGGCCCAGUGGCCUGGGGGCCGCCGCAGAAGAGGAGAGGAGGAUGAAGGACGGAGCCGGCGGCUUCCCUCUGUCCCGUCGCCGUUACGAAAUCCUUCCUCUUCCUCGUAAGACUUUUCCCCUCUGGGCCACCGUUCAGUCCCGCUUCCCGCUGUCCGUAGGUCUGUAAUGUAAUUAUUAAUGUUAUUAUUAUCGCUGAGUUUUAUUAACGGCCGGGGGGGGCGGG